AUGGGGUAUGCCGGACCGCCAUCGAAAGGGUGCGAUGCUUGUCGCAGGCGGAAGAUUAAAUGUGAUCAGAACCCAGAGGGCUGUCGUCAGUGUGCACGGUCUCGAAAACCGUGUCCGGGAUACAGGAAUUACGUGGACUUGAUCUUUAAAGAUCAGAGUUACUCCGUUAAAAAGAAGGUUAGCUCUGCGACUGGCUCGUGGGGCUCCAAUUCGACUACACCUCUAGAUGAACGUCUUCAUGCUGUGGCUCAGGGUAUCUCCGUCAAUAAAAAGAUCCUCUCAACUGUCACGGCGGGUAUUUCAAACACCGGUUUUGGUUCUGAUAUCCAUGUAAACUCGGAUACUUCUCAUGCAGUACGGUCCACAAGCAAGUUGGAGACAAGUCAGACUGUCCGCAAUGACUUUUACCAGAAUAUCUCGUCCUACAGUCAGGUUGUGCCUAUGCGAGCUACCCCGAUAUUGUGGCAAAAUCAGGCACCAAAAGACGUAUAUUUUACUUCACCGCUCGGUGUAUGUCUAUAUCCAACAGUAAAUGAUCUCGGAACGGCCGUCUUCUUCAAACAGUAUGCGCGACAACCCCCUCCAUAUUGCAACAACUUUCCAAGCCCGACUUUCUUUGACUUUGCAAGCACAAUUCUUUCUCGGGAUACGAGCAACCAGACCGCCUUGUCCUGUAUUAUGGCUGUGGGACUAGCUGGUCUUGCAAACAUUAGACAACAUGACCAUGUGAUGUUCGAGGCACGAAAGUAUUAUGUGCGAGGCUUAAACCUGGUCAACAAGGCACUUCACACUCCCUCUGAUGCUGUCCAGGACACCACCCUCCUCUCGGUUAUGCUGCUUCAGUUUUUCGAGCUCAUCACUUGUACUGGUCGAAAGUUUAUGCGCAUACGGACGCAGCAUAUCAAGGGGGCAUCUAUUUUAGUAAAACUAAGAGGCAACGAGCAAUUCACUUCCGAAGUCGGAUUGCGGAUGUUCCAGCAACUGUGUCAUACCUUGGCUAUCAACUGCAUUCAGAAUGGACUACCAGUGCCGCAGCAUAUCAUUCACCUUCGACGCGAAUGUAAGAAGUACGUCGAUACUCGAAGUGUAGUAUGGCUCACAAGCGAAAUAACGAUAAAGUUGGCGUCUUUGCGAUCAAGAGUGAUGAAUGGUUCGCUGACAAGCCCGGAGCAAAUCUUACAAGAAGCGCUCAGUCUUGAUGACCAAUUCAAAUCCCUCUACGACAGGCUUGCGACAGAGCGGCCGUACGAAACCCGCUUUGACCAGGCCAAUCCUCGAAUAUAUAGAGGCACGUACCAUAUCUACCCCAAAAUGUGGACCAUGUACGCUUGGAACAACAUUCGCAGCGGCCGCUGCCUUCUCCACCACCUGAUCAGGAUGGAAAUGCUAAAAGGAUUCUCGGCCAUUCCGCCCCGUUACCUGACCCCAGAGUGUACAGUUAUCUUUGAAACAUCUCUCGACGUCAUCCUGCAAAUGCUUCGCGAGAUUCUAGCCAGCGCUCCUCAUACCAUAGGCUGGGUGCCAUCUGAGAUCCCUAUAGAGGCUAUAUCACGGGGUAGACAUAUGCUGAUCUGGCCGUUCUACAUUGCCAGCCAUAUUUGCAUUGAGCUUGAUAUCUUUUCGACAGACGACCAAAUCCAGAGCUAUAUCGCUUGUGUCCUAAGCGAGAUUGGGCUAACAACUGGGAUCCUAACCGCUACCCAGCUUGGGAGAGUUAUGGAGGACAAGACGAAUCACAAAUGGCUCCCACGACUCCAUAACGAUACAUAUAGUGAUGUUUUGGAUUCCUAUGCCGAAGACGCCGAGGGUUGGGACUAUGAGCUGUGA